CCGCGUCAUCGGAAACGCGGUCUCCGCAGUCGCCCGGACAGUCACCGGGCGGGUCAAGUCGACCCUCGGGCGCCUGAUCCCUGGAGCUCGCGACGGCGAACCUUCAUCUUCUUCGGCGGCGCCUUUGACCGAUCGGAGAGAGGAGUCCCCCGCGACGGCGCACACAGGCGCGCGACCCAAACGUAAGGUGGUUCGGAAGGUUAAGAAAGGUACCGGCGCCAUGACUGAGGCUGAAAACAAGGCGGAAGCCCCCGCCGCGAACGGCGACGGCGCCGCCAAGGCGAAGAAGGACAAAGGCCCGAUCGGCUAUCACUACUGGCACCAGCAAGCCAACCAGGGCACGGCGCCCAAGGCUGCGCCCGUGAAGCUCAGCGAGGAGGAGGCUGACAAGCUGGCGAAGCAGAUGAGCGGCGGCGGCGUGGGUCUGAGCUCCUGGAACCGCGCCGGCACCUGGGAGGAGCGCGGCCACACCGACUGGGCCAAGGCGCGGGUGGAGGAACUCGUGGUUGGCAAGACGAUCGACGUGGCCGGAGGCGGCGCGGCCGUCGUCAAGGAGGUCAAGACGUUCAAGGGGGACGCCACGGUGGUGAUGGUGCGCGGUAAGCCCAGGCACGGGUUCGACUUCGACGUCACGCUCGCGUGGGAGUGCACGUUCGAAGGGGACGGCGAGGACGUCAAGCCGGUGAAGGGCACGGUGCACAUCCCGGAGGCGAGCAGGGACACGGUGGACGACGACGAGGUCGAGUACACCGUCAAGGUGGAGGACAGAAAGACCGACCGAAGGAGCCAGGAGGACGCCGCGUACGACGCUCUCAAGGGUGGUCUGCGAACGUUCCUCAGGGAAACGUUCGGUACCAUCGACAAGGAGCUGCUGGCCCGAGCCAACGGAGGGGCGUGAUUCAUUUUCCAACCCAUCCGGGGUCGACUCGCGAUCCUCGACUCGGCUCGACGUCAUGGUAAUAUAUUCUGAUUUUUUUAAAGUC